UGUCAAAAUUAAGAAGAUUAUGUUUAUGGAGGAUUUUGCAGUGGCGAUAUUGUCGUGUUAUUUAUCAUGCAUUUUAAGAGCGUUUUUAACUAGCCUACGUAGUACCUAUACCCUUACCUUACUCUAACCCCAAACACUAACCCUAUGAUGGAGGGAUGAGAGAGAAGAGACAGAAUGAUGGAGGGAUGAUAGAGAAGUUGUUAAGUAUUAAUACAUACAAUAAUGGUUAAUUCCGUACACGCAUAUUUUAACCUACUUCCAUGAAACACAUGGGCUUAGGUUGUAGGUCUAAGUCCUGGUGGGAGGGAGGGGGUGGAGAUGGAGGACGUGACUACAGACGAUUCUCGGAGAAGCAUUAACCACAACGAGUAAUGAUUGGUUAGUUAACGCAGGUGCACAAACACUGCGGCUAAAGUCCAUCCUUCCCGCUCGGAGAGACAGUGGAGCAAUAGAAGGUCAGUGAACACUACAGGAUCAUCAGUUCUCAGCCGCGUCAGGACGUCCAGUGUCACAGCUGUCCUGUAGAUGCUUGCUGUGGCCGGCUCUCCAGCAAGGCACCCCGCAGCUCCGCAGAGCAAAGACUUGGCAAAGCAGAGUUAAACUGUAGGAACCUUGAGUUCUGGAAUCACCAGAGAGAUGGGCUUCGUUGACCUACUGGACCAGAUAGGAGGAUUCGGCCGGUUUCAGUGGCUUCAUGUCACCCUCAUUAGCCUACCUGGGCUGCUGAUGGCCAGCCAGAAUCUACUGAAUAACUUUGUCGCAGGGAUGCCUGCCCACCACUGCACUCCAUCAGCCAAUCACAGCAUUCCCUACCAAUACAACCAUUCUGCUACCAUGGUGACUGAGCGGCAGCUUCUAAGGGUCUUCAUCCCGCUGGACGCCUCCGGAACGUCGCUGGACAAAUGUAGGAGGUAUGUGACACCCCAGUGGCACCAGCUGCUGAUGAACUCAACAGCGCCCCCUGCUGACCUCACCUCGGCGGUGGAGACGGAGGCCUGUCUGGACGGAUGGACCUUCGACCAAUCAGAGUUCGACUCCACCAUAGUCACAGAGUGGGACUUGGUAUGUUCCUUAAGACCUCUGAAGCAGAUGAGCCAGACCAUCUACAUGGGGGGGGUCCUGGCUGGGGCCAUCAUCUUUGGAGGACUCUCCGACAGGUUUGGUAGGAAGGUGAUCCUCUCCUGGUCCUACCUCCAGCUGGCCAUCCUGGGCAGCUGCACGGCCCUGUCUCCCAGCUACGCCAUCUUCUGCACCCUGCGCUUCCUCAGUGGGAUGUCUGUGUCCGGCAUCAUCCUCAACUCCGUCUCACUCAAGGUGGAGUGGAUACCUACCAGUUCGAGGACCUUGGUUGGUACUCUGUCAUCUUUCUUCUUCACCUUCGGUCAGAUGAUCUUGGCGGGCCUUGGCUUUUGGCUGAAGGAGUGGAGGAAGCUACAGGUGGCCGUGUGUCUUCCCUACUUCCUGUUCUCCUUCUACAGCUGGUGGCUUACGGAGUCAGCCCGCUGGUUGGUUUUGAACCGGCGGUCUGAGGAGGCUCUGAAGAGCAUCCAGCAAGUCGCCCGCAUCAACGGGAAGAAGGACGUCAACAUCACCCUGGAGGAUCUCCACUCCCACAUGAACAAGGAGAUCGUCGCCAGUAAGAGCAGCUACAGCGCCUACGACCUCCUAAGGACUGGAGGCAUGAGGCGCAUCUCAGUGUGUCUGGUGGCUGUCUGGUUUUCCACCAGUUUUGCAUAUUAUGGUCUGGCCAUGGACCUCCAGAAGUUUGGAGUGAACGUGUACCUGAUGCAGAUCAUAUUUGGGGCUGUUGAUAUUCCGGCCAAGCUGCUGGCCCUCCUCAUGCUGACGUACCUGGGCCGGCGUGUCACCCAGGCAACCUGCCUCUUCCUCUCCGCCCUCGUCAUCUUCAUUAACAUCUUCGUCCCCACAGACAUGCAGACGCUGAGAACCACUCUGGCUUGUCUGGGGAAAGGUUUCACCUCAUCCUCCUUCACCUGUGUCUACCUGUACACUGGAGAACUGUACCCCACGGUCAUCAGGCAGACUGGGAUGGGCUUCGUCUCCACUAUGGCUCGUAUUGGCAGCAUGGCCGCUCCUGCUGUUCUGAUACUGGACGAGGUGAUCCCUGCCCUCCCUAGCAUCGUGUACGGAGGGGCCGCCGUGAUCGCAGGAGUGUUCGCCUGCUUCCUGCCGGAGACGCGGGACAUCCCGCUGCCCGACACCAUCGAAGACGUGGAGGACAGAUGGCCUGGAAAUCUGCAGCCCAAAGAGAAGCAGGACCAGGCAGAAGAAAUGCCCAUGAAGGUGGGCGUGGUCUCUGAAGGGGGCGUGGUCUCUAAAGAGGAAAUAGCUUUGAAAGAGAUGAAGGAGGGGGAAAGCGCAGGGUUAAACGCCCUUUGAUCUAUCUAUGAAACUAGAUCUAUCUAUACAUAUUUGAUCUAUGAAUCCAGAUC